GUAGUCAGAUGGAUGUUCCAUCAUUACUUGUACUAUAAUAAGUCUCCAGGGAGAUGUUUCUUAGUUAUGGAACUAUUCCCGGGAGUUGUCCCGUGGUUGGUAACUACGAAGAAGCAGUUUGGAACAUGCAGUGCCCUAUGUCAGGUCAAUGGUCAGUCCCAUUAGUGAAUAAAUGUGAUUAUAACGCCUACGAUGGGGUGUAUGGCUCAACAGUGCAGUGCUUCGGAACUGGGCAACAUGUACCGCAGGAGUUCAGUGAUGACAGAGUGAUGUACACUCAGCCGACCUUCCAAACUCCAUUGCCAUGCCACCAGAAUGUAGACUGGGAUUAUAACAACGCUUGUUUCAAUGUAGAUGGCCAACCAUGCCAAUACACAAACGUGGUAGAUUUAGAAGAUUUCAUGAACAAUGAAAAGCGUAAAGAGAAAUCUCGAGUGGCGGCACGAUGUCGACGGACAAAGGAGAUGCAAAUCUUCGCGGAGCUGACAGCAUCACUACCAGCUAAGAAGGAAGACGUCGAACAGUUGGACAAAGCUUCCAUAAUGAGACUCGCCAUAUCAUAUCUACGUGUGCGUGAUGUUGUGUCUAUGUUGCCAGAAGAUAAGGAGGUUCCGUUAAUGCAGAGUCCCAAAGGCCUGGAGGAGAUCCAAUCAGAGCUUUCAUAUAUGAAAGCGUUGGAUGGAUUUGUUCUGGUCCUAUCCCAACAGGGCGACAUCGUCUACUGCAGCGAGAAUGUUGCUGAGCAUCUUGGAGUUUCACAGAUGGAGGUCAUGGGUCAGAGUGUGUUCGAGUUCAGUCACCCCUGCGACCACGAGGAGGUGAGGGAGGCUCUGAGGUCAAGUAAAGAUGGCAAGAGAGACCUAUUGUUGCGUCUCAAGUGCACUCUCACCAGUAAAGGGAGGAACGUUCAUCUCAAAUCUGCUUCUUAUAAGGUGAUCCACGUAACUGGACACAUGCUGACAGAAGAAAAUCAAACUGAUGGAGAUAAAGAUACAAAGAAAAUCGGCAAAUCGGCGCUCGUAGCUGUGGGAAGACCGAUACCUCAUCCAUCCAACAUAGAAACUCCUUUGAACAAUAUGACUUUCCUCACAAAGCACAGCUUGGACAUGAAAUUCACUUAUAGUGAUGAAGGUCUUCAAAAUGCCCUUGGAUAUGAUUCCAAUGAUCUGGUCGGUCAUACCCUGUAUGACUACCAUCAUGCAGCCGACAGCGCUGUACUGCUGCAGCAAUUUAAAUCAUUGUUCUCUAAGGGACAAUGCGAGACCGGACAAUACCGAUUCCUCGCCAAGAAGGGCGGCUACGCCUGGGUCCAAACCCAGGCCACCGUCAUCACAGACAAGCAACAAAAGCCAAUUAGCGUCAUCUGCGUCAACUACGUCAUCAGCGGUAUCGAGUGCAAAGAUGAGGUGUUCGCUGCACACCAAGUGCAGCACGCAGACUUGAAGCCUGCCGUGGCUCCGACUAUACCAGAAGCUAAUCCAGCACAGAUUUGUGUGGCCACUGAACCAUCUAACGGUGCUAUAGUGGCCGCUGUCCUUCCAGAAGAAGAGCGCCCUGUACCCGUUACUGAACUUAUAUUUGCACCCAGAAAGAAGGAAAUGAAUAAAGGAUUUCUCAUGUUCUCUCCUGACGAGGGACUUACAAGUGAGUGGCAAACGAACUGCAAAAGCUUAGUGCUUAAAGACGAGCCGGAGGACCUCACACAUUUGGCGCCGACGGCUGGAGAUGCUUGCAUUCCUUUAGAGAACAGCCCUUUUGACAUGUUUGACGAAUUCAUUUUAAGUGACAAUUAUUGCAGUCUACUUGGUGACGACCUGACUAGUGGAUCACCAGUAGAUUCGUUGAUAGCGGAUUCCUUACUCUCGUCCCCAGAGCCACAGGAAACCGAAUCAUCGUGCGAACAGUCGUCGCUUCUGAACGAGUUGUCUUUGGAUGCGUUUGAUAGUAACAAGUCUGAGAAUGACAUCGACGAUGGACAUUCACCAUUCAUUCCCACUACUGAUGAGCUUCCCCUUCUGGAGCCAGCAGUUAUGUGGGGGGCUCUGCCUGACAACGUGUGUCAGGCUAGACCUCAACCGACUGAAGUUCAAAGCCCCGCACCAGCGUUGCAGCGCUUACUAGCAGCGCCACCGACCGGGCCACGACCGCAAGAUCUCAUCACAAAUAUAUAUUCAGAUCAAGGUCUUAUUCCAAGCAAGAUAUCAACAUGGGACACUGGUGUUAAGCGUGUUUUGACCAAAGACGAAGAGCCUUCAGCGAAACGCGUGAAGCGUAGUCCGUCACCGACAACGAAUCAGACCUCAAGCGUCCUUAUGAACCUCCUGGAUGUCCAUAAUAAUGGAAAGACGACGAAUCAGCUGCCAAAAUAUCAGAUGCUAGUCACUCCACCGACAGCCUCGCCCCAAAGCCCAAUCCGAAACAUCCCGGUGCCGGUCAUAAACAUGAUGCAGCCCAAUCAGCAACUCCGAAACACGAUAACCAAUCAAAUAAGCACAAACAUAUCAAAUCCAAUGUCCCCACUGACUUUAAACGUCGGAAGUCCAUUAUACUCCCUGCCAUCAAGUCCAGCUAUAAGUCCAAUCCAAAGAGAUCGCGUUCUGAGCCCCUACUCCACUCCCCAAUCUUUAUCACCCGCCGGUAGUUAUCAAAUGUACAGCCCGAAUAGCAACAUUCUCCUAUCACCCUCCGGAGUAAUGCAAGGUUAUGAUCCGUAUUUGACGAAUAAAAUGCAAACUAGCCCCGGAUAUCCUCUCCAGACGUCAGAUAUGCUGAUGGAUUCCAACAUCCAGCUGCAAUCUGCCGACUUCUGGUCUGAUUCUGAGAUGCUGCAAGGCACGAGCGAUCUCCUCACAGCAUUCGACGACGUCAAAUUGGUGUAAACGUGUGCUUGUUACGUUGUAUUUUUAUUGCGAUAACGUUUAUAACAUCCUGUAUUCGUCUUCACUAUGAAUUGACCAAUUCGUUGAGGGAAUAACAUUCCAAUGUUGUCGGUGCUGGAUGUAUAAACGUUGUCUCGAUUUGAAAUCACUGGAAUGAAUGCAGGGUCUUUUAUAGUUAGAUACCACAAGGAUUCCACUUUCCACACGUAGUUACCUCACAAACCGUAUAUCUAACAAAUUCUGGACUCCCCCGAGGGAUCCUUAUAGUGUUGUAUAAAUAUAACCAUCAUGUACUGAUUUUGAUAAUAAUCUGUGGAAUCCUCGGUGAUAUAAUGUGACUUAGAAUGGAAUGGUUCGUUGAUUUAAAAAUAAAUAGUUUUAUAUAAGGUUUGGGUGUUAUUUUAGUGUCCACAACAACAUACACGGACAUACAGAUUGAAUAUGUUAAAAAAAAUUUAAAAACUAUAACCAUUUAAGUCUUCCAUAUACUUUAUCGGUAUAGUUAUAACAGACAGAAGAAAAUAUUAUCAUAACACAAUAUUAUGUUCAUAGUUUUUUAUAAUUAAGUUUCAAUUUUAUUGUAUGAUCAAAAUUAUAUACUCAGAUAGAUUAAGAGAUCAAUAGUUGAAAAAAAAAUACCCCGGUCCCAAUACAUAAAUUAAUAUACAAUAAUUAGUACAUUACGGUGAUUUAAUAACAAUCACUUUGCAUUUGGCACUCGAAUAAAUUAUAUAUAUUUGGAUAUGUUUUUUAUGAGCCUAAAAUUAAAUAAUAAUAAUAAUAGUCAUCUGUUCAUUAUCUUGCACCUUACAUAUUAAGUACAAUGUAUACAGUCACAGAAUAAUUAAAUCAAUUGAAUGCAAUUUAAAUUAUAAAAUCUCAAUAGAAUAUUCAUCUACAAUAAUAGAUUAAUAAGCUAUGAUUUAUAGUUAUUAAUAUUAUUUUUUUCUCUACACUUAUUAUAUUUCUGUUAGAUCAUUUUAAAUAAACUAUUUGCAAAAUAAUAUGACAGUUAUAAGUGUAGAUAUGUGUUUUUUUUUGUAGCUUCUAGUUAUAUUUCUAUGGUUUUGCUCUGGAAAUAGUUGAUAUACUUUUAAUUUUUUUUUUUAAUUGUUUUUUCUAACACUAUUAUUUAAAUUUUACUGCCAAUAUUUCCUCACCUUUACUAAUCGCUUUUAAUUUUUAUUGUAUUGUAUUAAAAUAUACUCUGUGCCAUAGAGUACAUAGUAAAUAUGUUUUAUUAUCUAUGAAAGAAAAAAUAUCAUCAGUCCACACAUAUAUAUAACAUUUAAAAAUGAAUUGUAAAAUGAUACAUAAUAAAAUCAAAUUGUUUUAUAUAUAUUGAGAUUAAAUUUCGGUCCAUAA